AUGAAACCAACGCCUUUUCCGUUUCUGCUGAACAUUGGCACUGAUAUCGUCCAUAUCCCGCGUAUCCAGAGACUGGUGGCCCGCUCCGUGACCGCCGGCCCCAACCCCAACACCAGCCAGCGGACCUAUCUCUCCAGAUUUGUCAACCGCAUACUAUGUGAACAAGAACAAGCUUAUUUCAAAUCCAAGUUCCAGCUACCCUCCUCUAUAUCCGAUGGCGCAGUGACUUCGAAGCCUCUGACGGCUCAAACGUCUACCGAGAUCGCGAGAUGGCUUGCUGGACGGUUUGCUGCUAAAGAAGCUGCGCGGAAGGCCGCUCCGGGCGGUGCAUCGAGUAUAAGCUGGAAAGAAGUGAUGGUUCGCGCAGAGGUCGAUGGAGACGGGCGGCCAGAAGUGGUUUAUCUGCCCGAGGGCGACUCCAUAGGUCAAAUUGGGAAACUAUCAAUCUCCCAUGACGGAGAAUAUGUUGUCGCUACAGUCAUCGCGGCCACUCCAGAGCGGAAACGGUUCCUCUGCCCUUUCUACCUCCCAGUUAAGAAUAUGCGGUUUCUGUCGCGCUUGUCGACCUCAGUACGCAAACUGGGCGCGAGGAGCAUGAGUACGCAGAACACAAACCGCGAGUUAUUUGAGUAUACUUCUGGUCGAUUCCUUUUCAACGAGGAGCGUCGCCUUGCAGAACUCAGGGUACAGUUCAACCCUGAUGCUCUCGCUGCGGCCAUUUGUCGUACCGUCAGCCGGCUAGUGUCUGAUCUCACAUCAAUUACAAAGCUCGCAGAAGGAGGUUUUAAUCGAGUUCUUCAAGCCACGGUUAAUGAUGGCUAUGCAGUACUUGCUAGGAUUCCCUACCACUCGAUGGCCCCAAAACAUUAUGCUGUUGCAGUGAAGCCGCCACCCUUACUACACUCACAUGGUUUGCCUGUCCCAAAGGUCCUUGGAUACUCUCCAGACCGUACAAAUGAUAUUGGCGUUGAAUAUCUUCUUAUGGAGGAGAUGGACGGCCAACCGCUUGGGGACCGGUGGUUCACCAUCGGCAACAAGACCCGUGCCAAAAUUAUGAAACAUAUCGUGCAAGCAGAGGCACGAUUUAUGAGCAUUUCACUUCCCGCAAGUGGCAGCUUGUAUUACAAAAAGGAUCUGGGAGCGUCAGAAUCCAACAUUCCGUUAUCCGAAUAA